UCGAACAUGUUACAGAUGGAUGGUCAUAAUCGGCAGAAAUCAGUAUGCGACAGAAUUAAAGAAUAAAUCUAUAGUAUUUAUUGUAUAACUAUAGACGAGGGUUAACUUUUUAAUGUUUCAGUAUAAUUACAACAUGGAGUUAAGCUGCAAUGCAAUAGGAUCUCUUGUUCUAUUGAGUGUUGUCAGUUUCCUACAAGGAUUCGGUGCUGUUGGACUAUUUUAUACCACUAUCUCGACAAUAGAAAAACGGUUCGAUCUAACAAGUUCACAAAUAGCCGUCAUGUCUAGUACUUUUGAUAUUGCGGCUUGCAUUACUUUACCAAUAGUUUCAUACGUUGGAGGCAAAGGAUAUAAACCGCGUUGGAUCGGUUCUGGGUCCAUACUUAUUGGACUUGGAGCUCUCAUGUACGUGCUUCCACAUUUUGUUGCUCCUACAUACUCAUCUCUACAUGAGAAUGUUAGUGAGUGUGAGUUGAGUAAUAUGACGAUGGCAAAGUGCAGCCACUCUCACAAUCAAAAUUAUAGGGUAUUUUUCUACGCCUCACAAGUUCUCAUCGGUAUUGGUACAAUAUCAAUGAGUAUCUUUACGCUUGUUUAUUUGGAUGAAAACGUACAACAACGAUAUUCAGCAACUUAUAUGGGUAUCUUACAAGCAAGUGGAUCGCUGGGUCCAGGAGUCGGAUAUUUUCUUGGUGGAUAUCUCCUUAAUCAUUAUACAUACUUGACAAAUGAUGCCAACGUGAGUCGAAAAAGUUCAUCAUGGAUUGGAAAUUGGUGGAUUGGAUUUGUAAUUGGCGGAAGUUUAAUCAUUAUAUUGUCAAUACCAAUAUUUUUUUUCCCUGAAAAACUUCGUAAUAUUGGUGAAUCAGCAGAAGAAGAAGAAACCUCUUUGAUUGGAAACGACGCAAAAAAUAAAGAUGAAAAAAAGUCACUGAGCUUCGCGGAUGCUUUUAAAAGUUUUGUUUUGCUGCUGAAGAAUCCAUCAGUUGUUUUAUUGUCUCUUUCUAAUUCCUUAAGCUCUGGUAUGGCAAUAGGAUUGAGUACAUUUGGACCGAAAUACGUUGAAUCAGUCUUCAAUUGUUCAUCAACUAUGUCAGCAUAUUAUAUAGGUAUUUUAAGUUUAGUGACUGAUUCGAGUUCCAACGUACUUGGUGGGAUCUUUGUCACGAAAUUUGAUCUCACUGUGAAACAAAUGGUCAAGUUUUGCAUGGCGUGUUCGGCACUUACAACUGGAUUUCUUUCUAUAUAUUUUAUAUCAUGUAAAGAUAGAGAAAUAGAGGAAUUGGAGAUGAAAAAACUAAAUAUGAGUUCAAAUCUAUAUCGAUUAAGUUGUGGAUAUGCAGUGAAACAAUACAAGCCAAUAUGUGCAAGAAACAAUGUAACGUACUUGACAUAUUGUGACGCAGGAUGCUUGAGGAUUGAUGAAACAUACCGAAACUGCUCAGAUUUGGUUGAUUUUUCGGAAGGUUCCAACUUGUGGAAUGCCACUGCCACAAGUGGGAGAUGUAAUGGAAAAGAAACAUGCUCGCAUCUUCUGCCUGUAUUUUUAGUAUUUUUCGGGAUUGGAAAUUUCAUAUCAGGUUUCUCAAAUCAAGCAGCGCUACAGAUUUUGUGGAGAAGCGUACCAUUCGAACAAAGAUCAUUUGCGCUUGGUAUACUUUCUCUCGCAACCCGCAUACUCGGGACUAUUCCAUUCGCUAUAAUCUACGGAAAGAUCAUUGAUUUAUCUUGUAUCAUAUGGAGUGAAGAAUGCGGUAAAUGCGGUUCGUGUCUUCUGCACAGUAGUGAAAGAAUGCCAACUUAUAUCCUCAUUUUAUCAAUGUCGUUGCAGGCUGCUUCGACUUUGUUAUUGAUUGCAAUGAUCAAAGUAAACGCAGCACCUGCAAAAGACAGUAUGGAACUUGAAAUAAAUUCAACCAGUGUAAAGACAGAAGAAUGAAAACUUGAGUUCGGAUCGUAAUUUCUCUCACAGAAUACGAAUAAAUACGUACGUUAUUGGGCCCAAAAUUGUUGGCGGUUGUUUCUCCGAUCUAAGUAGCCUGAGCGGUAACGUUAUCGACAACAGCACCAUGAUGCCAAGUUCCUGGGUGGCGGAUUCAAUUGGGGAUGGAAUGCGAAAGAGAAAAGUACCGUAUAUUACUAAUAGUAUACGUAUUGAGCAAAAGCCUAAAUCGCCCGAAAAUUUGAUGACUCGCCCGAAUGAGUUAUGAUCAAGAGAAAAUAGGUUUGCAAAUAUAUAACACUUACACCCACGGAAAGUGAUUUGAAUUUUUGCGACUAUGAGAAAAGAAACUACAGUAUAAACUGCGCAGAUUUUCGGUGGUGUGUUAGUAGAAAAUAGUGAAUGAUAUAUCAUACUUUUCUGUAGGUUGGGCACUGUAUUAGUUGGUACUAAUGUUGUCAUAAGUCCAUUUUUGGUUUUAAUCUUUUAAGCUUUCACAAAUUGACUUUGAGGUGGUUUAUUGGGUGUGAAUAAACUCCCAUUGCAAUUUCAAUUUUGUUACGAGGUCACUUCUCAAUAUAUCUAAACCAGGUUUGUUUUAUUUUAUUCACUGUUAUUCAAGUUUUUUUUUACUAUAUUUCAUAUAUCUGUAGGGACAAACAUAUUAUCUAUGCUAUCGAUAAAUAACCUUUGUAGUUUGAAAUUUUACAGACUUUAUGAACACAAUAUGUAUUGCGAAAUGGCAUUGAUCUGACUCUAAAGUUAAAUGUCAAUUAUUUUACUACUACAUAACAAGUUAUCUUAUUUCCAUACUUAUUAUAUAAAAAAGCAAACAACACAUUUUCAAUUUAUUUAAUAGUUAAAUCCAUUUUAUUUGCAAAUUCUAUAAAUUUACAUGAUCAAUAGUUACAGAUAUACAAAUAGUUAUAAAAAAAUAAUAAUAUAAAAAAAAUAAUUUGAAGAACUUUUAUUUUUGACAAAAUUAAGGUAUUUGUGCAACAUGCCAUAUUUAUAAAGG